AUGUGGAUCUAUCCUCCGAUCCCUUCGGUCGACCUCUUAGGCACAGAGGACAAGCUUACAGACUACCUCUUCCACCCUAGUCGUGCAUACCACGGCUUCUGUGGUGUCUGUGGGAUUGAUGUGGUCAAUAGAGUCGACUUGCAUCACACAUUCAAAGCUCCGGUCAGGCCGAUCAACAUAAGGACAAUGGAUAACAUUGUGCUGGAGGAUCUCAAAAUUGAGAAGGUGGAUGGAUGGUCUAGGGAAACCGGUCCUUACAAGCCUUACAAGCCUUACGAUGUCUGA